GGCACCGAAGCCGCCAUUCCGCGCCUUACGGGAUUGACUUUCUGAAUUCCGCCCCUCGCUCCCUGCCCGGCCGAUCGGCGGCGGGGCCGGUUCCCUUGGCGGCCAAUUGCGUCCCGCGGCCGUGUCGGGGCAGCGGGGAGAGGCGCGGGGAAGGCUCAGCGCAAGAGGAGGGAGAGCCGCGAGGAAGAGGCCGGCAGCCCGUUCCCGCGGGCCCCGCCCGGCGGUGUCAAUGCCGGCGCUGCGGCCGCUCUCUGAUGAGACCUCUCCGGGGCUGUCGGAGACGCGGUGCCAUCGUGGGGACCGUCACCCUCUGCCUGGCGGCCGGCUGGGCUCUGCAGACCCCUGGAGGAGUGUCAUUAAUUGUCCCGCAGCCCAACAUCAACGCGACGGUGGCACAAAAUAUCCUCCUCUCCGUUGAGUAUUCCUCUAGAGGCACUGCCACUGUUGAGUGGAAACAUGUGUCGAGCUGGGGCACCACCAAAAUUGUGGAGUGGAAAAGUGGGACUUACAUCAACAUAUCCACCGUCUAUAAGGACAGAGUGACUACUUUUGAAAACGGCUCUAUACAGCUUCUGAACGUGGGCAUGAGAGAUGCUGGCUACUAUUUUAUCACAGUCACAGAGGAGUAUGGAACCAACACCUACGGCACCAUCGUACUCAAUGUUUACGAGAUUAUCUAUGAAGAUUUACAUUUCGUAGCAGUUCUCUUUGCAUUUCUUGCUGGAGUAUCUGCCAUUUUGAUCUGCUUCAUGUGGCUGUGUAACAAAUCCUUGCAUCUAUUCCAGAAGAAGACACAUAAGCUAACAGCAAGUACAACUGAAGAAAUUGAAUUGGAAACCAUUGAGUGUUAGCCAAGGACUGUCUCAUAACAAAAAUAACAACUCUACCUCAGGAGAAAGUACUGGCAAGGAAAGCAAGAAGGAACCUAAAAGGUAAAGUAUUUGUGACUACCUGACUGACAGAGCUAAUAGGACCUGAAAUCAGCAGUGUCUGAUGGAGUUGUUCUGACCUGUUACGAUUUCGGCACUGCUAGUCAGAGUGCGCGUUCAUGGCUGAGCACAAACACAUUUUUGUGGCUAACUAAUAAGAUCUACAGCCUCUUACCACUCCUAAAAACAAGCAAUCAAUAAUAUCAGCCUGUAAGGAAAUGAUAGUGUUCUUGAAGGACGCUUUUGGCUGCAGCAAGUCCCCUAUUAUAGACAGAACAACCAUUAGGAUCACUCUACUUAAUAAACUUAAUGUCUAAUUACAAUAUUACAUUAAAAAAAAUAACUGCAAGGAUUGAAUCCAUGUUUAUUAUGCAUGUGCUGCUACUUUCAGUCAUAAGGAAUUUCCUGAAGCUCUGAACACAAACUGUAAUUCUCUCUGAGACAAAACUGACAUUGAAAUAAUGCCAAGAUGGUCAAAGUUCCACUGCUUAUGCUUCCAGUUGUUUACAUUGCCCAGCGACAUUAACACACAUUUUAUGACAGUACUAGGAAAGGCUGUCGAACAAGGAACUGUGCACAGGCACUGAAGAUGGUGCUGUCUGAAAUGGAGGAUAAAAAACUGUCCCCACACCAGUGGAGUGGCAAAACAUCGACAAUGUAAGAGAUUAAGGGCUAGUCUGUGUCUACAAAUACCACAUGGCUUUUUGAGCUUACCUGCUGCUGCUGCCUCUUCCACACUUGAGCUCACUUGCCUCAUAAAGCUUUUACGAGUCGAAUCAUAGAAUUGUGUGAGUUGCAAGGGACCUUUCAAGGUCAUCUCGUCCAGCUCCCCUGCAAUGAACAGGGACACCUCCAGCUCAGUUAGCUGCUCAGAGCCCCAUCCAGACUGACCUUGAGUGUCUCCAGGCACAGGGCAUCCACAUCUCUGGGGUGACAGUUCUCCCUCUACUCAAGGACAGCUGUGCUCAGCAGCAGCAGAACCACAGGUUUGAUCCAUGAAAACAAAGAAUUUCCUAUCAAGUCCCACUUAUAAAUUCAGGUGUUUGAUACAGCCGGUUGCUCCUUCCUGCAUCCAGGAAGUAAGAAACUAAAAAGUAAGUGAAAAUCCCAGCAAAAGCAUAGCUCAGCGAAGGAACGAUUUGUUCCAGUUCUCCACUUUAAAUACGUACUGCCAGUCCUCUGCAAGUGUGAGUGAACUAAGCUUUGGUGACACAGAAGCUGAAAGUGUGUCCUUUAAAGGUAUUUAUAUAGCAGACAGAAUACUUUUAUUUCUGUAUAUCUAUUUCUGUUUAUUACUUCUAAUUCCCAACUCUUAGAUCUUAAACAUGAAGUGACUAGGCUGAGCUCAGCAUAUAGCUAGAUUUGCUUAGAAAAUACAGUAAGUGCAGCUGACGUUUAAAACCAUUAUUUGUCUACUGACAUUUACUUGAAUACAUGUGGCAAGUCAGAAAAUGUAUGCGGGCAUCAAUGCUCUGACUUGAAAGAUGGAAUAAAGUAGUUAGUGACCAUUGAAAACCCUUACAGUGUAGAUGCACUGUAACAGCAAAGGAAGUUUCCAGCUAGCAUGGUUGGAGCUCUCAGCUUGGUGAAAGAGACAGCAGCAUCAGCCACCCAGCCUUGGUUAUUGAUGCUUUUAGGUCGUGAUAUCCUAGAAGAACAAGGGGGUAUUAAACAAUAUUCAGUGACAGCACCUAGUAACUAGCUUACACGCUGCUUUUCCCAUAGACUUGCUGAAAAGUUUUAUCCAAAUUUUAAAAUGUUUACAGGUACGGUAACAAAAUAUUCACAUUCUGUGAAACUGGUGUUUGUCAGUAUGCAUUACUUACUGCAGAAUUUGAUAUAAAAAAUGUGAGGAUGAAA